UGGCUAUUUAACCAAACAUAAGUAGAAGAAGGCCAAAGAGAACGAAAAAUACAUACAAUGUCAGCUUCGGCAAUAUUUAUCCUGGAUUUGAAAGGGAAAGUCCUAAUAUCUAGAAACUAUAGAGGCGAUAUAAAUCUAAAUAUUAUAGAAAAAUUUAUGCCAUUACUAUCAGAAAUGGAAGAGGAUGGUAAAUUAAUUCCCUUUGUUAGCAUGAAUGAGAUAACAUUCCCAUUUAUCAAAUAUAAUAAUCUCUAUUUGGUAUCUGUCACUAAAAAAAAUGCAAAUGUUGGUCUAAUAUUUGUAUUUCUCCACAAAUUAGCUCAAAUAUUUGUCGAGUAUUUUAGAGAUUUAGAAGAGGAAAGCAUUAGAGAUAAUUUUGUAGUGAUAUAUGAACUUUUAGAUGAACUGAUGGAUUUUGGCUAUCCUCAAACAACAGAUACAAAAAUUUUACAAGAAUACAUCACCCAAGAAGGUAGGAAAUUAGAAAUGACCCCCAGACCUCCUAUGGCAGUCACUAAUGCUGUAUCAUGGCGCAAAGAAGGGAUCAAAUAUCGUAAAAAUGAGGUUUUUCUGGAUGUUAUUGAAUCCAUCAAUUUACUUGGUGGCAAGGAGUAUUUGAUGAGAGCUCAUUUUGGUUUACCUAGUGUUGAAUCAGAAGAUAUCGAAGGCAGAGCUCCGAUAUACGUUAAAUUCGAAAUUCCAUACUUUACCACAUCUGGCAUUCAAGUUAGGUAUCUAAAAAUUAUCGAAAAAAGCGGAUAUCAGGCACUCCCCUGGGUACGAUACAUUACUCAAAAUGGCGAUUAUCAGAUUCGAACGAUAUGAAAAAAAAAGCAUAACCAUUAUUUUUUAAAAAAAAUACAUUAAUUUUUCUUUGUAUUUAUGAAAAGUCCAAAAUAUUAUGUAUUUAUUUAUUAUAUUUUCGUAUUCACAAUUUUUACGGAUGUAAAUAAAACACCAUAUAAUUCAUUCAUUUACAUAUGUUAUAUUAUAGUAAUAUUAUUUAUUUCAAAAAUUAUAAUAAAAUAUAGUUAAAAACGGUUA